CUUCUUUAAAUUUGGUGGUGGGAAUUUAGGCGCUAAAUGGUUUUAGUUAUACUUCGUUAUUACAAAGAUUUUCAUAUUUUUUGUUUCUUUCGAAGAUGGAGCAUAAGAAUGACAAAAUUUUAAUAACGAAAGAGAAUAAUAAUUCUAAUAUAAGAAUAAGGAGUGAAUCGAUUGAUAAUAAAUCUUUGAUUACAAUUGCCGAUCAAGUUAAAUUUAAUAAUUCAGUUAUUGAAGAUGAUGUUAAGAAAGAAAAAAAAAGAAGGCGAGAUGAGAUUAAUAUUGAAGAAAAGCGCAUUGCACAGGAAGAAUAUAAUAAAAUAUUACACGAACAAAGAUAUAAACGGUUGAUGCAUCUUUUAAAUCAAAGUCAAUUUUAUGCUAAUUAUCUUAUGAAAAAAAUUACUCCAACUUCAUCGCAAGAGAUAAAAAAUAAAAAAGAUGAGAGAAACGGAAUAUCAAAUAUUAAUGAGAAUAUACCACCAAAAAAAGGAAGAAAAAAAAAUACUCAAGAAUAUGAUUUAAAACAAUAUUUUUCUCCAAAGAUGGAAAAACGCGUAAAUUCGAAUAAAUCAAAAAUGAAUUUAAGUGAAGAAGAAAUUACAGAAGAAUUAUUAAAUUUAGAUACUCAAGUACAAAUAGAUGGCUGUGAAAAUUCUAAUACUCCAAAAUAUUUUAAUGGUAUUUUAUAUAAAUAUCAAAGGGAAGGUUUGCAAUGGUUAAAAGUAUUGUAUGAGAAUGGAUUAAAUGGUAUCUUAGCUGAUGAAAUGGGACUUGGAAAAACAAUUCAAAUAAUAGCAUUGUUAUGUCAUCUUAUAGAGAAGCAUCAAGAUGGCCCUUAUUUAAUAAUUGUACCACUUUCUACAAUGCCAAAUUGGAUUUCAGAAUUUGAAAAAUUUGCUCCUUCUUUACCAGUAAUAAUAUUUCAUGGACCAAAAAGUGAAAGAUUAGGUCUUUCUAAAAAAAUUAAACAAUCUCACCAGGUUAUGGGAGGAUAUAAAACACAACCUAUUGUAAUAACCACAUUUGAAAUACCAUUAUUAGAAAAUAGUUUUUUUAUGUCCCAGAAAUGGAGAUACAUAAUUAUAGAUGAAGGUCAUAGAAUUAAAAAUCAUCAAUCUCUAUUAGCUAAAGUCGUGAGAACAUUUCCAUCUAUGAAUCGUCUUUUAUUGACUGGUACACCACUUCAAAAUAAUCUAGCUGAACUAUGGUCACUUCUUAACUUUUUAUUACCAGAAAUAUUUAAUGAUUUGGCUGUAUUUGAAUCCUGGUUUAAUGCGAAAGAGUUACAAGGUACAGAGGGUACUGAAAAGAUUUUAAAACAAGAAGAAGAGAAACACAUUCUAUCAUCAUUAAGGGAAAUUUUGAAGCCUUUUGUUUUAAGACGUGAGAAAUCAGAUGUCCAUUUAAAUAUUCCACCGAAAAAAGAAUUAAUUGUUUAUGCUCCACUCACACAGUUGCAACAUGACUUAUAUAAAGCAGUUUUAAAUUACGACAUUGAUAGUAAAACUGAGAAAGAAUCUAUUUUGCAAACAUUGGAUGGUAGCAGACCUAAAAGAAAGUGUAUUUUGAAAAAUACAUUUAAUAACUGUGAUAAUUUAAACUAUCAAUUAUCAUCUCCUAUACCAAACAAAGAGUGUACAAAAAUAGAACAAGAUCUAACUAUGUGGAAGCAACAUAUUGAUAUUAAUGAUCAGAAUCGUGAUUACUUUAUCAACCUACGUUUCCGAAACAGGUGGGCUGUAUAUAAAAAGAUUGUCAAUCAUCCAUAUUUGAUUCAUAAUCCUGUGGAUUUUAUUAGUGUUUCAACAAUUAAUGAUGAUAUUAUCAAAUCUUCUGGUAAACUUUUAGUAAUGGAUGCUAUGUUAUCUAAAUUGAAAAGCCAAGGACAUAAAGUUCUUUUAUUCUCAACAAUGACAACAAUACUUGAUGUCAUAGAAGAUUAUCUUUCAUUACGAGAUUAUAAAUAUGUUAGAUUAGAUGGUAUAAAUAAACUAGAAGAAAGAAGUAUAAAUAUUAAAAAAUUUAAUACGGACCCUGAAUUGUUCUUGUUUCUUAUAUCUACAAAAGCUGGUGGAACAGGACUUAACCUUGCUGCUGCUGAUACUGUGAUUAUAUAUGACAGUGAUUGGAAUCCACAAGUAGAUAUACAAGCAAUGGCACGUUGUCAUAGAAUUGGUCAAACUCGUCCUGUUGUAAUUUAUAAAUUAUGUACUAAAGGAACAAUUGAUGAAGCAAUAGUUAAACGUGCUGAAGCUAAACGGCUUUUGGAAAAGAUGGUUAUGUCUAAAGAAUUGUGUAAGCUAAAUAUUCACAGUAAGGAAACACUUAUAGAAUUAAAACAACUUUUAGAAUCAAAAGAAUCUAAAAUUGUUACAUCUACAAAAGAAGUGUUCACAGAAGCAGAACUCAAUGAAUUAAUGGAUAGAAGUGAUUUGGUAUACAACAAUCCUGUUGAUACAAAAAAAUUUACUUGAUAAGAUUGUUAUUAUCCUUUAAAGAUCAAAGUUCAAUUUAAUGUACAAAUAUCAAUAGAUGGUCAUUUUUUCUUGAUAAGUAUUAUAUUUAUUAAU